AUUAUGGUAUUACAUUAUCAAAAUAGUGAAUGUUAAUAAUAUUUCCAGUACAUUUGAAAGAUGAUUAGAGUGGCGGCCUUCACACAACAGCAACAACUGACUUUCUGGUUUCUUGUGAAGUUUUUUUUUUUUUUUUUGCUUCAAGAGCAGCUGGGUUGCAGUAAACUAAAUGCUUCUGCAACCCAUAUGAAUAAGAGCAACAUGUCAACUUUACAGCAGGCUAACGUUUCAUCUCCUAAUCAUGGGAUGUGGUCAUCAGUAUUUGUAAAUGAUGUCAGUUGUGUCAGUCACUCAACACUAUUUAUAAGUCAACUAGUUUCAGUGGCACUGUCAACCAUUACAUACCUGCGGAACCUUUUUCCAGAGACUGCUUAUACUGACAAAGUUAUUGAUGGUUUAAACCUGAAGCUCCUGAUGUCUAACAAUCAACACAUAGGACCGAACACUUUUGUGGAGAAUAUAGUGGCAUGCUUUGAGGCACUAGAGAAGCAGUAUCUGAGAGAAAUGAAGUUACUAAUAUACGAGCAUGACCCAGAUUUUCCACUGGAGGUGUACACAUUCAAAUUCAACUAUCAAGAUGGCUCAGCAUCUGUUUCAAAUUUAAAAUUGUGCAAUAAAAAAAGGAAAAGUACAUUAACAAUUCAGAUGCCAGUAAAGAAGAUGCUGCGGUCAAUUAUUAUGGCAGUUCAGUCAUUUGAUGACCUCCCAGAUAGUGUAAUUUUUGGGUUCAAGUUAUUUUACUAUGAUGAUGUGACUCCAUCAGACUAUGAACCUGUUGGUUUCUUGCCCGUUGUAACCCUUCAAGCCAAGUUUCCUUCCAAUGCUGUUAACAUAAUAUCUGGUAAUGUGCAAACAUUAUAUCACAAAAUGCAGCUUAAAGUUACUACUACAUACAUUAGCAGUUAUGCUACUGAAAUUCCUGAUGUUCAGCCUAACACCCAGUGCAUGCUGUCAUCGAAUUCUUCAAAUGACAAUGACAAACAACAAAACUCUUCUUGGACUCCUUCCUAUGAACCUGAAAUACACUACUCAGAAAGAGCAUCAAGAAUGAGGAAGAAGAAGCACAUUUUAGAUUUUCCAUUUGAUGUUAGAGGAGAAAACACACAGAGUGAUCAAAAUUUAGUCAGGCAGUUCAACACAUCUAAAACAUGCUCUCUUCACUCCUUAUUUGGAAGAGAGGAUGUGAUUCGAUGCCCUUGUGGUGUGUGCCGUGAGGAUGGACCCAUGAUUAAAUGUACUCUUUGUGAUUUUCGUCAACAUGCAGUGUGUUUUAGAUUGUUGGAAGUAAACUACCUACAGUCUAAUCAUGUCUGUGAAUUAUGUGCUAAUGUAACUCAUCCCUGUACGGAUUACUCCCUUGUCAACACAGAUCUCUGCAGGACUACCACACUGCUGCUUCUGUGGCAGAAUUACUGCAUGUCACAUUCAACAUGGGAAAGAGACUUAUGGUGCGUUUACAGUCUGAAGGAGUCUUGGCUUGUAAACCGUGUAAUGAGUAAGUAUUUAAAAAAAAAAAAAAAAAGUUUGUACAAGAUUGUUACAUUUCUGAAAAGCCUGAAGUUAUACAGAUAAUUAUGGGUAGAUUUAUUUUGGUACUAGACCUGCUUAAAACUAAUAACAUACCUACAUAAUUGAAACAGUUUUUAGUAUGAAUUCAGUACAAUUUCUGGGUUAUAAAAAUAUUUAUGUUUGAAAAGUUACAGUAAUAUGUGACAAUUCUGUAUAAAAAGAUGGCCAAUGCCAAUAUUAUAAAGGGU